AUGAAUCGUCUGAUCGCGUGUUUGGUUAUUGGGAUGACAGGGCUCGCCUUGGCAGAGCCUCCGUCAGGAUAUGGAUACCCAAGACCUAGCGGAGGAGGCGGAGGUGGAUUCGGAGGAUUUGGAGGUGGCGGCGGUGGAUACUCCGGUGGUGGCGGCAGCGGACUUAUCGGUGGUGGUAGUUACACUCCAGUUUCUUCGGGUGGUUACCAAUCUAGUGAAGGUGCCAACGUUGAUCCACAACUUCUUGAACAAUUGAAAGCCAUCAUCAUCAAAGAAGAAUCCAACAGUGGUGGAGCUGGCGGAUAUUCUGGAGGAGGCGGCGGCGGCGGUGGAUACCCUAGUGGACCCCCAAGCUCUAGCUACGGAGCCCCGAGUCUCGGAGGCGGUGGUGGUUACCCAAGUGGACCUCCAAGCUCGAGCUACGGAGCCCCCAACGUCGGCGGUGGCCGUGUCGUAGGAAUUGAAUUCGAGGGUAUUCGUCAGGGUAUCGAAGUCGCUCAGCUUCACCAAGCCAGCCAAGGGGGCGGUGGUGGCGGAUACCCCAGCGGGCCCCCAAGCUCGAGCUAUGGUGCACCAAGCAGGCCAAGUGGCAGCUACGGUGCUCCGUUCUAAGUUGCUGCGCAAGUGUCAUCGACAAACCUGCUAAACGUUCGGAACUCGAGCGAAUACUGGAAACUGGAUGAUAGUUAAGUUCUUCGUCGGCAAAUAUUGUAAAAAAUCGACUAGCCUAAAGUUCAUCAGCUCAACCGGAAGUUUGUCAGGUUUUUCAAGAUGACUCAGCGUGUUCGAGAGUCACGCGAUUUCGCGAUGUUUAGUGAACAAAGAAAAGUGACCAAGAUCAGAUCAUGUGAUUGCGAUUGUUCGCGGAUUCGUAGACUCUUGUUGUUGAGUAUAUAAAUACAAAAAAUAUAAAAAAAAACAACAACAAGAAUAUUCUGAAGUAAGAAUUACACUCGAAAAAACAUCUAGAUUUCGAGAAGAAGAGCGUUUGGAGCAUCGAUAUAAUACAGUGGCAGGAGGAGUCGAGUACGUCGCGUUCACUAAUAACGCAUAACGAAACCAAUGAAUAAAAAAAUUAUUUUUCAACUACGGACGAGACAAAGUCAGGAGGAAGACCGAAGAUACAGAUCAUGAUAACAGCUACUAUUAUUAUUUUUAUAAUUAUUAUUAAUUUAAUUUUUAUAUACAUAUAUACGUGAUGAAGCGCUUUGCACAAGCGCAUUGUAAAUAUACGCAAUGUUAAAACACACAGACCUACACAAGUAUACACUCUUACACAUCGCCACGAUUCGGCGACGCACGGCAUUGUCUCGAGAAAAACGAGAUCUUCGAGGGUCUUUUUGCAGGAGGUGUGAUCAAAAAUUGACCUCGGAUACGAGGCCCAGAUCGUGGAAAGCAAAAGUGAUCGACAAAGGGCAAUGUCAUGAGACAAAUACACAUUAUCCCUCAAAAGAAAAAUAUUCAUCAACACGUUUUACUUUUUUUAUACAUCUGUUUAAUACCAUGUUUGUUGUAAUCUGAUAAUAAUUUAAUCACGCAUUUUUGUACUUGUAUAAAGGCUUGUCUUUUUAUAGAAAACAAUAAAAAAAC